CGGUGGGUUGUGACUCGGCUGCCAGUCAGGCCUUUAUAAACUUUAUGUACCUCAGUCGGGAGGUUAUUUUCUCAUUCUUCAUCCUCAUCAACAACAAAGAGUUUACAUAGGAAGCCAUAAUGCUGCCUCUAGCUGUGUUGGCAGUGUGCCUCAGCGCAGUCUUCUCUGCUCCCAGUCUGGACCCACAGCUGGAUGACCAUUGGGAUCUGUGGAAGAGCUGGCAUAGUAAAAAAUACCAUGAGAAGGAGGAGGGCUGGAGGAGAAUGGUGUGGGAGAAAAACUUGAAGAAGAUUGAGCUGCAUAACUUGGACCACUCCAUUGGCAAACACACCUACCGCCUGGGCAUGAAUCACUUUGGUGACAUGACUCACGAGGAGUUCAGGCAGAUCAUGAACGGCUACAAGCUCAAAACACAGAGAAAGUUCAAGGGGUCGCUGUUCAUGGAGCCCAACUUCCUGGAGGCCCCGCGUUCCCUGGACUGGAGGGAUAAGGGAUACGUCACACCCGUUAAGGACCAGGGUCAGUGCGGCUCUUGCUGGGCCUUCAGCACCACCGGAGCUCUGGAGGGUCAGCACUUCAGGAAGACGGGCACACUGGUGUCUCUGAGCGAGCAGAACCUGGUGGACUGUUCCAGGCCCGAGGGCAACGAGGGCUGCAACGGCGGUCUGAUGGACCAGGCCUUCCAGUAUGUCAAGGACAACCAGGGCCUGGACUCAGAGGACUCCUACCCUUACCUGGGAACGGACGACCAGCCAUGUCACUACGACCCCAACAACAACGCCGCCAACGACACCGGAUUCGUCGACAUCCCCAGCGGUAAGGAGCGCGCUCUGAUGAAGGCCGUGGCCGCCGUAGGACCUGUGUCAGUAGCCAUCGACGCCGGUCACGAGUCUUUCCAGUUCUACCAAUCAGGAAUCUACUAUGAGAAGGAGUGCAGCAGUGAGGAGCUGGACCACGGCGUGCUGGUGGUGGGUUAUGGCUUCCAGGGAGAAGAUGUGGAUGGAAAGAAAUACUGGAUUGUAAAGAACAGCUGGAGUGAAAAGUGGGGCGACAAAGGCUACAUCUACAUGGCUAAAGACAGAAAGAACCACUGUGGAAUUGCAACAGCAGCCAGUUAUCCUCUGGUCUAACAGCCUCGCACAGCUCCGCUCUGUAGCACCAGUGUUUUUAUUAUUAUUGCAAUAGUCUUGCUGAAGAGGAGCGACGACGCUUCGGUCACAGCGACACAUUGACAGGAGAUUCUGCAAUGUUUUAUGAAUGAAACACUGUUUUUAGGGAAAUGGCGCCGUUUUUUUUUUUUUUUGUUCUGACUGGUUUUAAGCCACUUUAUUUGUUUUUUGAAAAGAUUUUAGCUUAGUGUUUAUUCUUUGUAAAUAUGUGUAUGCUACUUGGUGAGUGAAAUGUUAACACUUGCUUCAUCAUUGUAAAUGAUUUUUUUUCUAUUUUUACUGUGAUCAAAUUAAAGUUGUGAAACACUA